ACACCGAGGGGCGGCAGCCCGCUGGUGGUAGCUCCCAGGGCCGCCCGCCCAGCCCGCCGCCAUGGGCUCCCCGCAGCGCCCGCCGCUCGCCCAUGUCUUCAGAGGGACCUUCGUGCACUCCAGCGCCUCCGCACCCUUGGAGAUCCUCCACGGACACCUUCUGGGGGUGGACGAUAACGGGACAAUUGUGUUUUUGGAACAAAGUGAUCAGCAGGAGCAACUGGCUGAGAAGUGGGGUUUCAAAACUUCUGACAUAAGACAACUGAGUAAACAUGAAUUCUUCAUGCCAGGAUUGGUUGAUACACACAUUCAUGCCCCUCAGUAUUCAUUUACUGGUACAAGAGUAGACCUACCUCUUAUGCAGUGGUUGACUACCUACACAUUCCCAACAGAAGCCAAAUACCAAGACAGUGGUUUUGCAGAAGAAGUGUACACCAGAGUUGUUAGACGAACUCUAAAGAAUGGCACGACUACAGCUUGCUACUUUGCAACAAUUCACACAGAUACUUCUCUUCUUCUUGCUGAAAUUAUAGAUAAAUUUGGUCAACGAGCAUUUGUUGGAAAAGUCUGCAUGGAUAUGAAUGAGAGUGUGCCACAAUACAAAGAGAUUACUGCUGACUCUGUCCAAGAGACGGAAAGAUUUGUUACAGAGCUCCUGGAAAAGAAAUAUCCAAGAGUACAACCUGUAAUAACCCCCCGCUUUGGCCCUUCCUGCACAGAGGACUUGCUGUGUGCACUUGGAGAUUUAGCACAGGCUCGUGAUCUCCAUGUGCAGAGUCACAUAAGUGAGAAUGAAGAAGAAGUCAAACUUGUGGAGAACAUGUUUCCUGCCUACAAGAAUUACACUGAUUUGUAUGAUAAAAACAAGCUGCUAACCAGCAAGACAGUGAUGGCUCAUGCCUGUUAUCUUUCUGAAGAAGAGCUGAAACUUUUUAGUCUUCGUGGAGCUGCAAUUUCACAUUGCCCCAAUUCUAACUUUUCGUUGCGCAGCGGUGUCUUAAAUGUGCGAAAGGUCCUGGAACACAAUGUGAAGCUUGGUCUUGGCACAGAUGUUGCUGGUGGAUAUUCAGCUUCUAUGCUUGAUGCUAUCAGAAAAGCAAUGAUGGCAUCAAAUAGCCUUCAGAUCAAUAAAGUCAAUGAAACAGGACUAACUCUUGAAGAAGCUUUUCGACUUGCCACUCUGGGAGGAAGCAAAGCCCUAGGACUAGAUGACGUGAUUGGAAACUUCGAGGUGGGCAAAGAAUUCGAUGCUCUGCUAAUCAACACAAAGGCUUCAGAUAGCCCUUUUGACUUGUUCUCUGCUGAUGAUUUUGAGGACACUCUCCAGAAGUUCCUGUAUCUAGGUGAUGAUCGGAAUAUUUCUGAAGUGUAUGUGGCUGGAAAGCAAGUGGUUCCUUUCUCAAGCUCCGUAUAAAUCCAUUUCCCAUUUGCAAAAUAUUCUGCUGAUCAUUCUCCAUCUGAUUUGGAAAAGAUUGAAUUAAACACAGUGCCUGAUCAUCAGGAAUGACACCUCAUUUUUGUUUAAUGUUAUGUUAUAAAAUUUGCAAACAUUGGAGAUUUUGUUAGACCUUUCAAAAAAUACUUUACCAAAAUUGUCAUAGUUCUAGAGAACACAGCUAUUUAAAUUUCAGUGCAAAAAUAGCAUUUUUGCAUUGAUAGGGGAUUUGAUAAAUACCUUAAUUAAAGAGGACACCUCCUGUUCUGUUUAAUAAUAGUAUAGGAAACAUUAUGUGGAACAAUGAGACACUCAUUGACUAUAAUGCAUAAAAAUUAAAAUAAAAACAGUUCUAUUGAAUAGAUUUUGCAGCUAAUGAAUGUCAUGAAAGAAUGCAAUUUCCAUAGUAUUAUCAUCAAAUAUGGAAAAAAGUUGGGGAAUUUAGAGCAGUUUCCAGUUUUUCUUAUGAAUUUUUUUU